AUGGCCACUGUGAAACAUAAGAUAUUGGUCUUAUCAGGAAAGGGAGGUGUUGGCAAGAGCACAUUUUCUGCCCAGCUAGCAUUUGCUUUAGCUGCAAGGGAUUUUCAAGUUGGUCUUCUUGAUAUUGACAUUUGUGGUCCAAGCAUCCCAAAGAUGCUUGGUCUAGAAGGUCAAGAGAUACACCAGAGCAACCUUGGGUGGUCUCCUGUCUAUGUGGAGUCUAAUCUUGGGGUCAUGUCAAUUGGAUUCAUGCUUCCUCAUCCAGAUGAAGCUGUUAUAUGGAGAGGUCCUCGCAAAAAUGGGCUUAUCAAGCAGUUUUUAAAAGAUGUUUAUUGGGGUGAACUUGACUUUCUAAUUGUAGAUGCUCCACCUGGAACAUCUGAUGAACACAUUUCUAUUGUCCAAUGCCUAGAUCCCAAUAAUGUAGAUGGUGCAAUCAUAGUUACCACUCCUCAACAAGUCUCUCUCAUCGAUGUGAAAAAAGAAGUGAAUUUUUGCAAGAAAGUUGGAGUGAAAGUUCUUGGGGUUGUAGAGAAUAUGAGUGGCCUGUCCCAGCCUAUCUCAAAUCUCAAGUUUAUGAAGAUUACAGAUAAUGGUGAGAUGAAAGAUGUUACAGAGUGGAUAUCCGAAUACAUGAGAGAGAAAGCACCUGAAAUGCUGAAUCUAAUUGCCUGUAGUGAAGUAUUUGAUAGCAGUGGUGGUGGAGCGUCGAAGAUGUGCAAGGAGAUGGAGGUACCCUUUCUUGGUAAGGUUCCUUUAGACCCGCAGCUUUGCAAGGCAGCUGAAGAAGGUAGAUCAUGUUUUGCAGAUAAAAAUUGCGUUGUGAGUGCUCCAGCGUUACAAAAGAUAAUAGAUAAGCUAAUGGAAACUAGUGGGUUGUCAAUGACGGUAAGUAAUGGAGUGUAG